AAUGGAUCUGGAAAGACUCCUAUCUCGCAGCCGUCUCCAACAUGCACCCAUUUUCUGAAGACUCAAAGCUGUUCUCCACCACAUUGCUAUCAAAACUGGUGUGCUUAUACCCAUACAAGGCUUUUACCAACAGUUGUAGUGGACAACCUGGAAACCUUGUCAUCAGGCAGAGCAAAGCCUUGCACUUGGCUUUUUGGAUCCUGUGCUCAGAGUUCCCAGACAAGAAGACACCAAGCCUAUAGGAUUGAACAUAAAAUAGUAACAUCGCUGGAGUGGAGGUGUUGUCCUGGAUACAGUGGGCAAAAUUGCCAACCAAAAGCUCAAGAACGUCAAUCAUUUCUGCACAGCACUCAGGCUGAAAGCAGCAGAAGUCUCAAUGAAAGGACACCAGGAGCUACACAGGAGCCUAGUGGGCCAGCACUUGCACAAAAAAUGAAUGAGAAUAUUAGCAGUCAGGAAAUGAAAUUGACUUUUCUACAGAAGAAGGUUGACAACAUUGCUGCUGCCAUGAAUGAUUUGAGAAAGAUGCUGUCUUCUCUGGAAGGCAAAAUCAAUGAAGAUAAGGGUACAGACUUGCAAUCUUUUCUACAAGGUCUCAAAUCCAGGAGUAUUAAUAUGUUAGUCAAAGAUAUUGUUGGAGAACAGUUAGAAGUAUUUCGAAGAGAAAUGCUAGAGAACACGGCGCAGAUUUUCAAGACGGUGUCUAGUUUGUCAAAUGAUCUUGAAAAUACAAAAGAAUUAGCGAAGCACCUAAAUGAAACACAAAGAAAAUUUUCUCUAGAAAAGGAAAUGGGGCCAACAAAUCUUGACAUUUUGGAGCUGAAGAGUCAUAUGGUAGAGAUGAAAGAGGAAAUUACUCUAACUUGUUAUAAGCCUAUGAAAGCUUUAUGGAAAAAGCAGAAAUCCUUGGAAGACAACUUAGAGCAUCAACAGUCAAGAAGUGUCAUUUAUUAUGAAUCUUUAAAUAAGACCCUUAAUGAAAUGAGAGAUGCUCAUGAACAAUUAUUAUCAGCUGAAGCAUCUCCAAAACAAAACAUCCCUUCGACAGAUGAAGUCAUAGAGUACAAUAUUACAGAGUACAUGUUCACUCUGCAUGAGAAGGUGAAAAAACAAGAUCUAAUAGUACUACAGAUCUAUGAUGACUUAAGAGUCCAGGAUAACAAAAUUAGCAACCUCAGUCUUGAAUUGGAAAUUCAGAGAGGAUCUGUUCUGGGAGUCUGUGAUGACAUGUUGUCUGAGAGCAGAAAGGAUUUCCAAAUGCAGCUGUCAGGAACCCAAGAAAAUGUUCUUGUCCUAAACAGAAGCAUCUCUGAUUUGGUCCUUUCAUUGGACAGUAAGAUGGACAAAAUGAAUGAGCAAAUUAAUGACUUGUCAUAUGAUAUGGAGAUCCUGCAACCCUUUAUUGAGCAAGGUCCACCUUUUAGUCUGACUUCUGAGUAUGAUCAACGAAUCCAAUCUGAAGCAAUCAAUGAGAAACUUGAAAACCUCACAGUUAUUGUUAACAGAAUGAGUUCUAUCAUUAAGGAACUCUCAAAAACUCAGGAAGGACUUAAAAACAAAUCUCAGGAUUAUCAGGAGUUCUUGGAGAGUCGUAUGAAUGAGUGCUCUGUGGAAAUAGAAGAUGGAUUAAACAAGACCAUGAUAAUAAUAAAUAGUGCUAUUGAUUCUAUUCAAGACAAUUAUGUACAGAAAGAUAUGUUAUAUACUCUGAAAAAUGAGACUGAGGUCUGCUGUGGCAGGGCUGAGAAGCUGGACAGCCUGUUGGCUGUCCUUUCCCAAUUCCAACAGUUGAAUGAAUCCAUCUGGACAUCACUUAUUGGCAAGCAGAAGCACGAAUUCACUUCACAAGUAGUUCCAUUGCUUUCUGAUCUCCCACGUGUAGAGUCUGACAAAACUAUCCUUCACAAUUUUAGAAGAAUUUACUAUAUUUUAAAUGAAACAUCGUCAAAAAUAGACAAUCAGCAACAGGAUAUUGCUCACCUGGAAGAAAAACUAAUUGACUAUCUGGAAGCAUCAAAGGACCUUGAAGUUCGUCUCCUGGUUGCAGAGUCAAAAAUUUCCAAGUUUUUGGCAAAUAACUGUGUUUCACAGAAAAAAACUAAAGCUACUUUGACAGAGAAAGAACAAGCAGCCUCACUUCAGCUCCAGCCACUGACUUCCAGAAUCAAGGCCCUGGAAUCAAAGUCAAUCCAUUUCUCAAACAGCAUCGUACUUCUGAACAAGACUGCGUAUGAGGCCUGGGGGUUGUGUCAAGAUGCCAACAGCAGGAUCCAGAAAGUGAAUGCAAGUAUACCUGUAUUAAUUCAACUUGCUCAGCCAGAUAUUCCUCUGCUGCACAGAGGACUCCAAGAGCUCAUUGAGUCUGUGCUUGAGAUAAAAGCAGGGACUAUACUGACAAAUCUAACACAGCAUGUUGACACGUUGGUGGCAAGUGCAAUAAACAAUGUUACUGAACUUCAGAAGCAAGUGAAACCAACUAUGAAGAAACCAGCUCUAGUGAAAAGAGCAGCAAACAUCACCAUGAGUCUGACAAGCCGAAGUCAGAGAAAUACAGAUAACACCAUAGACUCAGGGCAGUAUUCAGCUUGUGUCAGCUCCCCAUGCCAGAAUGGAGGAACCUGUAUCAAUGACAGACAGCGUUUUGUUUGUGCUUGUCGCCACCCCUUUGGAGGAGUCAGUUGCAGUACAAAGCUGGUGAACGAUGAUACUCUGAGUGUUGAUUUUUCAAAGGGAUCGUACAGAUAUGCACCUAUGGUGGCCUUUUUUGCCUCUCAUACGUAUGGGAUGACGACUCCAGGACCCAUCAGAUUUAACAAUCUAGAUGUCAACUAUGGAGCUUCAUUUGCUCCAGCAACUGGGAAGUUCCAUGUUCCAUAUCUUGGGGUGUAUGUUUUUGAAUAUACCAUUGAAUCAUUUAGUCCCCGUGCCUCUGGCUAUUUGGUUGUUGAUGGAACAGACAAACUCAGUUUUCAGGCUGAAAAUAUUAAUAGUAAUAAAUACAAUGACAGAGUAAUUGCUGGAAAUGCAUUGUUAGAGUUAAAUUAUGGUCAAGAAGUCUGGCUCAGACUGGCAAUGGGUUCUAUACCAGCCAAGUACCCACCGGUCACUACAUUUAGUGGUUACUUAUUGUAUCGUACCUAAAUCACUCAUAAAUGUAAACAUUCACCAUCAAAUGAAGCACCUGGCAUAUACAUUUACCUUUUAAAUAUGUCAUUUCUUUCACAGCAACAAGCUUUUGAAAGUAACUAAAGCGAUGGCAUUGGCAUUUGAAGCAUCUACUGGGCUGAUUAUCCAUAUUGCUUGUGCAUGCUACAAAACAAGUCCAUAGGGUGUGAAUAUAGGAAAAAUAAACAUCUUCCUUUUGUAAACAUGAGUCAGAAGCACAGUUCUAAUUAUGUCCUGUUUUUCAUUGGAUAAACAGACAAGGAAGCUGAGAAUCAGUUCUCAAGAAUAAUCAGAGCUUCUUUUGGUUACUGCUUUACAACAUGAUUGCACACCAAAGGAGAUGGAUAGAUUUUUUUGAUGAUUUGAAUGAUGUACUGCUACUUAGCUCAUUGUACCAAAGGGUAGUCAUAUGCAGAUUUUUUGCAGAAAAAAAUCUUUUUCUCAGUUCGCUUGUUAUUACCCACCAGGUACCUUGAUAUAUCAGCAAUUAAUUGAUUCAGAAUUUCACAUGGAACCAUUAUGAUAAGAAACUUAUUUUUUUUUGUAUCGCAGAACAAGAAUCUAUGUGCUUAUGUGCUCAAAUCAGAAGUAAGCUGGUCAUUUUUAGUGUUGAAUAUCAUUAGUCAUAGGAAAAACAUUACAAUGGACUUGGUGGAGACUUACUCGUGCUUAAAGCAUUUAAAUCACAGCUGGCUUUCCUUAGGUGAAGUCUUUGAGCAAGCAUUGUUAUAGGGGCUUUAUACACGUUUUGGUGUGUAGUCUUUAGCUUAUAGUAUGCAAGGCUAAAUGAGAUAACCAUAGCUGUCCUUUCUAAGUUAGAACUCUAUGAAUCUCUGAUACUUUUUGUUUCUGCAUUAUAUUCACUGACUACUAAGGCAGGAUGAAAUGAACUACGAAUUUCAGUCUGCAUAAUACCAACUGUGUUUACUGAGCACCAAACCAAUUAAAAAAGUAUUUUCACUCUAUACUAUGACUGCCUGUGUAACUCUUGUCACUUUGCCCAUUGCUUCAACGGGGAACAGUUUGGACCUAACUAAAUAAAAAUAAGACAACCGAUUUUUACAUACUUAUUCCAGAAAAUACUACCUCUAAUGUAUACGAACUGGGAAGUGUACGCUGGUAAACAUUUUACAAUGAAAUGAAAGUUAAUUCUUCACAGUGAACACCAGAUACUGUAGUUCAUCCUGUUUCUCUCUUUUGCAUGCUGAGUUGGUUAAAUAGUUUAAACUCUAGAUGAUAGGUCCAGUCUUUGUACUUCAUGUUAAGAGCAUCAGUACUCCUCCUGUGCUGCUGCUGGAGCCUAGCCUGGUGCAUAGGGUUCAACUUACACUGAGCUGCAGGGUUGCUUAAUUUCAUGGGAAGUCGUUUGAGGUGUUCUUUAACAGCAGAUGUGAUCAGAGUUUUCUGCAGUCUUCCUUCAAAUUUAAGGCUUUUUUAAAUGCUGGAAAAAACAAGAGAGGACAUAAAGUGGUCUCACCAUCUGCUCUAAUCUUGGAUUUGUCCUGCUGUGGAAUAGGAAUCAUGCUUGACCUAGGGAAAUACAUACUCGCUACUGCAAGCCAAGCUGUCCCAUUGCAUUUCUUUCUUUUUUUUUUUCUUUCCUGAGCAUAGUGAUCUGAAAGAAAGCCUCUUCUCAUUUCUUUGCUGCAACCAGCCAGUUGGUUACAUGUCCGAGGCUUUUUCUGUUUUCAAAGGCUUACUGUGAUUUCAAGGGAGAUGAAAAUGUUAUAUUAAAGCUCAUUUUUCUGAAGACCUAAAUCCACUAAUUACUUGUUAAUAGAUCUUGCAGCGUUUAAGUACUCAAAAACAUAGGAUGUUUCCCUAAAGGAUCUGAAAUAAAGAAAGCCACUACACUAACUGCAAAUUUCAUUAACAGGUUAGAAUGUUUUUCUGUUGCUUGCAUUUUUGUUUUGGAUUUUUUGUAAGCCUUAAGUUCUUUCACAUUUGUGGCAGAUGGAUUCUUGAUAUACCAUGAUGCUUGAAUGAGUGUGCUACAGAUCUUUCUACUGUUGCAUAUUUUAUUUUUCUUUAAAUACUCAAAGUCCUUGAUAGAAUCCUAACUCAGCCUACCGUAUCAUUGAAUUUUAUCAAACUUAAUGACUGCAUGCUGCAAUCCCCCCUUGUAUGAUUUUGUCAUUUUAAUGUGUUUAGUCUUCUUUAUUCCUGCUGUGGCUAUGGGUAAGUGGCGUGAAAAUUACUCUGCAGAUGAAAUUCAAAUGACCCACCAGAGACUGUGUGUCUAUUUUAAGUUGACUUUCUUUGCCCUUGCUGCCCUUGCCUCUAUGAGGUACAGGCUUACUCCUCUCCACUCUUUUUCACCGAUAACCAGAAACUUUCUCGGCCGUUUUAUUGCUUUCCUUCCUCUUUUGUUGUUGUUGGUUUUGUUUCCACAUGAAACUCCUAAUUCCUUAGUUGUAGAGUAAAAACUCUGUUUAAAGCUGCAUCUGUAGCUGUAACACAGGAAGAUAAUUUCCCGACUUCAAAAUAAUACUGAAACUUUUGCUUAUCAUAUUAUUUAAAACACGGAAGAAAUA